AUGCAGCUCAACAUCCUCGCGCCUCUCGAGGCUCUAUCAAGAACCAAGAAUCAGUUUGCUCUUUUCUUUGUUGCCUUCUUCGUCGCCAAACUUCUGCAUCUGGGUAGCCAUUUUGGAUCUUUACCCAUCGUCCUUUACCUGCUGUACACACCAACAUUUUUCCUUCCCGAUGUCCUCCUCCUUGUCGGCAGCAAAGUGCUUGUCUACCGACACAACGGAGGACAAUCUUCCGCAUUCAGAAAAUUCUUUGGGGCCAUACUAGCACUCUCCACCGCAGCAUGUUCAGCAUCACAGAUAUCCUUCUUUAUCGAGACCGGAGGGGAGAUUCAGUGGAUGGCGGCUAGCCGAGUUCUCGGUGGCACUGGUGGAAUGGGCCUUUUAUUGUCUGGCCUGCCCGCUAUGAUAGUAGCAUUCAUGGUACUUUAUGCCGUUGCGCUCCUCAUCUCACCGAUCUUCUACGACGCAGUCGACCAUGUUCUGGGGCACCUAAGAUGGUCUUUCAAACAAAGCUUCCUUGUUCUGACAAGAAGGCAAAGGGAUACUGAGAACUAUGAGCUUUUAAUCUCCAUACAGGAUAACCAGUCCCAGUCUUCGGAAGACGAUGAACAGUCCGAAGAGAAGCCGACUUCCAGCAAACGUCGACCAAGCAUGUUGAAUGCUUUAGCGACCGCCAUCACUACGAUCGGUCUUAGCAUUCUCGUCAUGGUGCUUCAAACGGUCAGGCCUACUUCACCUCCUUAUGCGCACAUGUCAGGCUCCCUCCCUGUCACGAUCAUCGAGGCAGCUCUCUUCCAACCCAUCAAUUCAGAGUUCUGCCUACCGCACCCUGUAGAAGAUGUCCUCUUUCCGUUUGAGCGAUUUACGAAAUUCUUCGAGAUCCCAGAGUCUUUAGAUUGGAUGCCCAAUGGACCAAACUGCCUCAGGGAUAACCGUCCAGAGUCACCUGUAUGGAUGGAACAUCCUGGACAAAACGAUCGCAACGACCACCAUCGUCCUAGAGUGCCACCGCAUGGAGGACCAGGCCCUCGCAUAGUCAGAUGA